UCCUGCCGCCGCUGGAUUUCCCAGCGCCGCUUCGCAGAGCCGGGCUCCGCCGCGCACACACGCACAGCCCUUCGCUUUUCCCUCCGGGCACCGGAGCCGCGCUCGCCGCCGUGUCGCCGACGCCGGCGAGGAGGGGCAGGAAUAAGUCGCCAACCUGUGGUGCGCACUGACCGCGGCCACCUGCGACUGUGGAUCGGCCGGCACAGCCUCCCCAGGGCUGCUGUCGCCCGGUCCUUGCGCCGGCGGGGACAGCGCUGCUGUUUCUCCGCCGAGCAUCAGUUAAGUGCUUCUUCUGCAUGACCAUAACCAAAGGGUGACCCAUCCACUCCCCUAUGUCCUAUGGGGACCUCAGAGCCAGUUUCUCAGUCUUCAUCUCCUCCUCCUCCUCCUCCAGUCCUCCUCCUCCUCUUACCACUGCUGCUGAUGCCCUGGGUGCUGCUCCCAGGUUUGAGACAUUGUUGACAGGCUGAAGAAAGGAUUUGCAAAGACCUCCUCACUGUGUAAACGAAGUGAUGGCUGGAAUUAACUUCAACUCUCCAAGUAAAGACAUUAAACAGCAAGUUUGCUAGGCCAAAGCAUCACCAGGAACAAAUAAUGAGGAAAGAGACUAUUUGCAUUUGGUUUCAAUGAAGAGCUAAAACCAUCUGUGGAGAACAGAACAGCGGAGAGAAGAGCAAGAAAAUGCGGAUCUGUGGCCUCCCAAAACUCGGGUCCACCGUCACCGCCACGCUGCCGCACCCAGCGCCCUCCAAACGCAGACGGCUUUGAGCUUCCCAGCAGAGCUGGAGGUGCCGCGAUAGACAGAACAAAACCUCAUCGCAGCGACUGAGCGCGGCAGGAGGCGGGCAGGAUGGAGGUGGCCAUGGUGAGCGCGGACAGCUCGGGGUGCAACACGCACCUGCCCUACGGGUACGCGGCCCAGGCGCGGGCGCGGGAGCGGGAGCGGCUGGCCCAGUCCCGGGCGGCGGCGGCGGCGGCCGUGGGGGGGGGGGGGGGGGGGGGGGGGGGCGGGGCGGCCGGCGGAGGGGGGCCCUACCACCACUACCACCAGGAGCAGAGCCGCGGGGCCUCCUCCUCGCAGCCGCGCCGCCAGGGCGGGAGGAGGAGGAAGAGGGGGAAGAAGAGGAGCCACCACCUGGGGAGCAGGGAGUGUGGGGCCUCCUUCCCCUGCUCUGAGCUGCUGCCGCUCAGCGGCUCCGAGGAGCGGAUACUCAAGGACUUGAGCGAGGAGGAAGAGGAGGAUGAAGAGGAGGACGACGACGAUGAGGAAGAAGGGAAGCUCUACUACAGCGAUGAGUAUGGGGAGGAUGAGUUUUCCUACUCGGACCAGCCGCCUGACGAUGGCGGAGGCCCCGGGGGCUACAGCUCCGUGCGCUACAGCGAGUACGAGUGCUGCGAGCGCGUGGUGAUCAACGUGUCGGGGCUGCGCUUCGAGACCCAGCUGAAGACGCUAGCUCAGUUCCCAGAGACGCUGCUGGGGGAUCCAGCCAAGCGGGGGAGGUACUUUGAUCCUCUCAGGAACGAGUACUUCUUCGACAGGAACCGGCCCAGCUUCGACGCCAUCCUGUACUACUACCAGAGCGGGGGCCGGCUGAAGAGGCCGGUCAAUGUGCCCUUCGACAUCUUCUCCGAGGAGGUGAAGUUCUACCAGCUCGGGGAGGAGGCCAUGCUCAAGUUCAGGGAGGAUGAAGGCUUUGUCAAAGAGGAGGAGGAAAAGGUUUUGCCGGAGAACGAGUUCAAGAGGCAGGUUUGGCUGCUGUUUGAGUACCCGGAAAGCUCCAGUCCGGCCAGAGGCAUUGCCAUCGUCUCUGUCUUGGUCAUCUUGAUCUCCAUCGUCAUCUUUUGUCUGGAGACUUUGCCAGAGUUCAGAGAUGACAAAGAAUUCGUCAUGUCCCUGAGCUUAGGGAAGGGUCUUUCCAACGAGUCCCUUCGCCUGGACGCUGGGGAGCACACCAUCUUCAACGACCCCUUCUUCAUCGUAGAGACCGUGUGCAUCAUUUGGUUCUCCUUCGAGUUCACGGUGCGCUGCUUUGCGUGCCCCAGCAAAGCCCACUUCUUCAAGAACGUCAUGAACAUCAUCGACAUCGUGUCCAUCUUGCCUUACUUCAUCACCCUGGGCACGGACCUGGCGCAGGAGCAGGGCAGCCAGCAGGCCAUGUCCUUCGCCAUCCUGAGGAUCAUCCGCCUGGUGCGCGUCUUCCGCAUCUUCAAGCUGUCCAGGCACUCCAAGGGUUUGCAGAUCCUGGGUCACACGCUCAGGGCCAGCAUGAGGGAACUUGGCCUCCUCAUCUUUUUCCUUUUUAUCGGGGUCAUUUUGUUUUCCAGUGCUGUUUACUUCGCGGAAGCUGACGAGCCUGCCACCCAUUUCCAAAGCAUCCCAGAUGCCUUCUGGUGGGCUGUGGUGACCAUGACUACAGUCGGUUAUGGGGACAUGAAACCCAUAACUGUGGGUGGGAAGAUAGUCGGGUCCCUGUGUGCCAUUGCAGGAGUGUUAACCAUUGCUUUACCAGUGCCAGUGAUUGUCUCCAAUUUUAACUAUUUCUACCACAGAGAGACUGAGAACGAGGAGCACACGCAGAUGAUGCAAAAUGCGGUCAGUUGCCCUUACCUCCCCACAAAUUUACUGAAGAAAUUUAGAAGCUCGUCGUCUUCAUCCACAGAGGACAAAUCAGAGUAUUUGGAGAUGGAGGAAGGAGUUAAAGAAUCUCUUUGUGUAAAGGAGACUAAAAGUCAGGACACGGGGAAUAGCAGUGAGUCAGAGAAGAAAAACUGUGUAAAUUCAAAUUCUGUGGAAACCGAUGUGUAAUUUUGAGCGUUUCCCAAUAUAUUUAUGCAUUAAAGAGUGCAGUGAAAAUAAUGAAAUAUGCAAACAAGAGUCUGCAGCAUACAGUAGUAUGCCAUUUAAUGGUUAAAUACAAAUAAAAGGCAUUGCUAAACACGUAUUACAUAUCAAAUAAGUGGUACAACUUGAGGAAAGGAUUGCUAGAUCUGAUACAUUUUCAGACUUUAUAUUUUUAUUAGAAUGCAAGUGUUUUGCACAUGAGGCUAAAAAAUUUAUUAAGACCAAGUCAGUUUUAAAGUGGGUGCAUGAACUGUCGACAUCACUAAUAACAGCUCUGUGGUAAAAGUUGGCAUUCAGAGGUAUUUACUAUGUAAGAAACAAUGAAGUUUGGUAGUCAUUUAUCUAU